UAAGUAAGUAAGUAUAUGAAGCUGAUACGGGUUGACUCAGGCGGUCAAUAUGAACCUGAACUGGGCCCGGAGUGGGCGCCGCUGCAGGCGUACCGCGCCUCGCUGCUGACCGACUCGCCGGACGAGCGCCCGCCGCCGCCGCCCAAGAAGCACUACGCACGGCGGACACGAGGCCACCACGACGAGGACGAGGCUGAAGACAACGCGGAGUCGGACCCCGAGCACGGCAAGCGCAGCCGCCGUCGCGUGCGACUCAAGGUCACUCGCACACGCACGAGCCUGCCCCGCCGCCGCGCGCCGCCCUCACCCCCCUCGCCGUCCAUACACGACUCUAGUUCUAUGUCGCAAGCGAGUAGCAAGAGGUCUGCUGAUGAGAGCUUUGAGACGCCCAGGUGGGUCUUGUUACAUGAUAAUACAAGAGAAAGUUGCGCAAGUAUAAGCGCUAAGCUCUCGCCCCCAUUGCCUUUCAUACACGAAUCUAGUACGCUGUCGCAAGCCAGUAGCAAGAGGUCUCCUGAUGAGAGCUUUGAGACGCCCAUGUAA